UCCCGAGCUGCCUUGCGCGGACCGGGACGUUAGAGUGACAGGCCUGGCGUAGUGCUGACCCAGUGACAGGCCGCGUCUUCCCGCUGCUGCUUAAUAUGCAUGAGCUUGGCAGGAAGGUUCCGCCCCCUAGUGUAUGGAGCGGCGGGGCUGCCCAUCUCCUGCUAUUACCGACGGAGCGGCCGAUCCUCAGCAUCUUCCCCGUGAUGGCGCACUCCGGAGCCGGGGCAGCUUAGCCCGUACAAUGCUCGCUCUGGAAGAUUCCGCGUCACGGUCCAUGGAGCCGGCGGCAGAUGGGGAGAAGAAGCGGCCGGGGAUGGAGGGAGGCGCGACACUUGUGCUGCCCCCGGCUGGGACCGCGAACUCUGCGCUGCUGCUGCGGAGGAGACGGCGGCUGAAGAGGAAUCUGUCUGCGAACCCCCUGGGCACGGCCGCCGCCCCCUCCACCCUGGGGCCCGGCACCCGCAGCCUGGACAGGAAGACCCUGCUCAAGUACCGCCAGUGGGUGCAGCUGCAGCCGGCGGAGAGGGAGUGGGUGCGCGGCGAGCUGCGGAGGGGCUGCCUGCACAUCUACGAGCGCCACCCGGCCCCCAGCCUCAGGCCGCUGCUCUGCACACUGGACACCACGGCAGGGGAGGUGGCUGCGCGCCUGCUGCGGCCGGGCGGCUCCUCCGGGGCUCUACGGGUGCUGGGCCAGACCCCCGAUACGGCGGGUGAGGACCAGCGGGAGAUGUUCUCGGGCUCUGGCACCUGGGUGGGCACCCCUCACAAGCUGAGCCGCCCGGGCACCGCAGACUGUUGGGACACGGACGAGCUGAACGGACUGCACUCGGAGGACCCCCUGAGCCCCACCGUGUGCCAGGGACUGGAGCUCUUCCACUGCGGGGCCGCGUCCUCCUCCUCAUCCUCCGUGGAAGAACUGAACGCCGAGCCGCCACCUGCAGUCACCGUCCCUGCCCGGCCGCGGAGCCCUGUGCAGCCCCCGGGCGCCCUGUACGUGCAGUUCCACGGGGAGAGCAGCCGCCGGCUGGAGCCUCACGAGAAGCCGCUGCUGGUGCAGAACGAUUACCUCUUCCAGCUGGGCUUCCGGGACCUGUGCCGGGUGCAGGAGGAGGGCAUGGAGCCCGAGAUCGGCUGCCUCAUCCGCUUCUAUGCAGGAAAGCCUAAUGGAACUGGUAUGUCUGAUAGGACUCAGCUCUCUGGGACAUACAAUGUACGGAAAGGGAAGAUGCAGCUACCUGUAAAUAGAUGGACAAAGCGGCAAGUUAUCCUCUGUGGGACCUGUCUGAUUGUGUCAUCGGUGAAGGAAAGCCAGACUGGAAAGAUGCAUAUUCUCCCUCUGAUAGGUGGAAAAGUCGAAGAAGUUAAAAAACAUCAGCACUGCUUGGCAUUCAGCUCUUCUGGCCCGCAAAGUCAGACGUACUAUGUUUGCUUUGAUACGUUCACAGACUACUUAAGGUGGCUGCGACAAGGGUCCAAGAUUGCGUCUCAGCGUAUCAGCUCAGUAGACCUGUCCUGUUGUAACUUGGAGCGCCUCCCUGACAAUCUCUUCUACAGUCUAGAUCUUACGCAUCUCAACCUGAAGCAGAAUUCUCUCAGGCUUAAUCCUGACCCUGCCAUUAAAGGAACACUUGAUGAGCUUCACAGGUUUUCAAAGUUGAAGAGCCUCAAUCUUUCCAAUAAUAAUUUAGGAGACUUUCCGCUUGCUGUAUGUGGCAUCCCCACGUUAAUGGAGCUAAACCUUUCCUGCAAUGGUCUUCGGGUCAUACCUCCAGCAGUGAGAGAGAUGAAUAACCUGCAGACAUUUCUUCUGGAUGGGAACUACCUCCAAACGCUACCUGCUGAACUAGGAAGCUUGAGCCAACUCAGCUACUUGGGCCUCUCCUUCAACGAAUUUACAGAAAUACCAGAGGUUUUGGAGAAAAUGACUGCCAUGGACAAACUGUGCAUGCCAGGAAAUUCUCUUCAUGUGUUACAUUUGAAGGCUCUCAGACGAUUGCCCCAAGUCAAGCAUGUAGAUCUAAGGUUGAAUGAAAUCAAAAGCUUGUUGGUAGAUGAAGUAGACUUUCUGCUUCAUGUGACUCAACUGGAUCUUCGCGAUAACAAGAUAACCAUUCUUGAUGUGACUCCUCUAAGCAACCUAGAAGUUCUGCACUGUGAGAGGAACCAUUUGACCUCCCUUAAAAUAAGUGGUUACUACCUGAAGGCUCUUUACACGUCAUCUAAUGCACUUGUUCACCUAGAUGUUUAUCCAGACCCAUGUAACCUAGCAUUAAUGGACAUUUCUAGGAAUUGUCUGGAUUGCCUGCCUGAUUGGAUUUGUGAGAGCAAAAACCUUGAGGUCUUGGAUGUCAGUCAUAAUCACCUGACAGAACUUCCUGCACGGUUAUUCUGUGCCAGAGGUCUGCGGAAGCUUCUUGCUGGAUAUAAUAGACUUAAUCGUCUUCCUGAGUGUAUUGAGCGCACCCAACUGGAGGUGCUGGAUGUGCAGCAUAACCAGCUUCUGGAGCUCCCAGCUAACUUGCUGAUGAAAUCUGACAGUCUACGAUGCCUGAAUGCUUCGGCCAACAAUCUUGAAGUGCUUCCUUCCACUUGUCUGCCUGAGGAAUCGCAGAGCUCGCUGCAAGAAUUAUAUGUGACCAAUAAUAACCUUACUGAUAAAUGUGUGCCUCUAUUAACGGGACAUCCCCGCCUGAAGAUUCUGCAUAUGGCCUUCAAUCAUCUUCAGACCUUUCCCGCAAGUAAAAUGGCCAAACUGGAGGAGCUGGAAGAGAUAGAUAUCAGUGGGAACAAGCUGAAAGCCAUACCAACCACCAUAAUGAACUGCAGACGCAUGCACACUGUCAUUGCCCACUCCAAUUGCUUGGAAGUCUUCCCUGAAGUUAUGCAACUCUCGGAGAUCAAGUGUGUAGACUUGAGUUGCAAUGAACUGACUGAAAUAACUUUACCUGAGAACCUCCCUCCCAAAUUGCAAGAACUGGACCUAACUGGCAACGCACGGCUGCUGCUGGACCACAAAACCCUGGAGCUGCUCAACAGUAGCAUUCGAUGUUUUAAAGUGGACCAACCUUCAUGUGGUUUCUCUGCUAGUGAAGCCUCUGGAGCACCUGCAGUAUGGAGCCAUGGAUACACAGAGGCUUCAGGAAUGAAGAACAAACUCUGUGUUGCUUCCCUCUUGGUCAACAACUUCUGUGACAACCGUGAAGCAGUAUAUGGUGUUUUUGAUGGAGAACGUAAUUCAGAAGUGCCCAGUUUGCUACAGUGCACCAUGUGUGAUAUCUUAGCAGACGAGCUGCAAAAAACAAAGAGUGAGGAGGAAUAUAUGGGGAACACCUUUCUUGUAAUGCAGAGGAAGCUGGGUACAGCCGGACAGAAGCUUGGAGGUUCUGCUGUUCUAUGCCACAUAAAGCAUGAUCCUAUGGACCCUGGAGGCUGUUUUACACUGACCUCUGCCAAUGUGGGCAAAUGCCAAACAGUGCUUUGCAGAGGUGGGAAGCCACUCAACCUGUCCAAGGCUUACACUGUUAGCUGUGAUGAAGAACUAAAGCGCUUGAAGCAGCAUAAAGCAAUUAUCACAGAGGAUGGGAAAGUGAAUGGGGUGACUGACUGCACACGUAUCUUGGGUUAUACCUUCCUCCAUCCUAGUGUUACUCCACGACCCCACGUACAGUCUGUUGCUCUAACACCUCAAGAUGAGUUCUUCAUUCUUGGAAGCAAAGGUUUAUGGGAUAGCAUUUCAGAGGAAGAGGCUGUAGAGACAGUGCGCAACGUGCCCGAUGCUCUGGCAGCUUCAAAGAAAUUAUGUAGUCUGGCUCAAAGUUAUGGAUGUAUUGGGAGCUUGUGUGCCGUAGUUGUACAGCUGAAUGUUACAGAAGAUUGCUUUUGCUGUUGUGAUCUAAAUGGUGGAAUUCCUCCUCCUAGUCCUGGCAUUUUUACACCCUCUGUCAAUGUUGUUAUUAAGGACAGAGCUCCAGAAAGCUUAGGCAUGCCAUCUUCCAGCAGUGGUUUAGCCUCAGAAAUAAGCAGUGAGAUAUCCACCUCAGAGAUGAGCAGUGAAGUUGGGUCUACAGCCUCAGAUGAACCUCCUGCAGUUUCUCUUCAUGAAAAUGGAGUUGGCACCGUGGGGUGCCCUAGUGAGCAGCGAUGUACACUACAUCCUGUCUGCCUUUCAAGUUCCUUCCAACGUCAGCUGUCUAGUGCCACUUUUUCUAGUGCCUUCUCAGACAAUGGUCUUGACAGUGAAGAUGAGGAACCAAUCGAAGGUGUGUUUUCUAACGGCAGCAGAGUUGAAGUGGAAGUAGACAUACACUGCUCCCGGUUCAAGAAUGGCAGGUUGCCUCCCGCUACACCUGUGCAAGAACCUAGUGAUGAGGGCAUUGUUAUAAGCGCCAAUGAAAAUGACCUUGCCACGUUAAGUGCGAGGCAGGACUUUUCCUCCAGUACACUUGGUCGGCAGAGAAGAGCAAAUGGAUCGGUGGCACCUUCUGAAAAGAGUCACAACUUGAUUGAAAUUGCUGCAGAUGCGCCAAUGCGAAAAACAGGUGGUUAUUUUGCAGCCCCUGCCCAGCCCGAUCCAGAUGAUCAGUUUAUUAUACCUCCUGAACUCGAGGAGGAAGUGAAGGAGAUUAUGAAGCAACAUCAGGAGCAGCAGCAGCAGCAGCUUCAGCAGCACAGGCAAUAUCAAAUGGACCAGUUACCAGACUACUAUGACACGCCACUAUGACACUUUCAUUCCUCAUUGAAUACAUUUUAAUAGGACUCCCUAAGCUUUCCUUGCUCUCCUGUUGACCUGGGAAAAGCAGAAUUUUAGGUACUUAUUUUUCCUCCAAGCAUCUACGCUCCACUUCCUUUUAAAACCCUAUUAACCAUCCAAUUCUCACUCCUCUUUUACUGUUUCAUAACCUACUUAAAGUUCACCCCUCUUCUUUUUUUAACUAACCACCAGCUUUCCUCUAAAAACGCUUUAACUAGAAUCUUUUAAUCACUUUUUCUGUAACAUAUCAAGGUUAAGAAAAUUCAAGUUUGAAGAUGAUUUUGAUGAAAAAAAAGUUUAAUAUAUUGCAGAGAAACAAAUACAAAUUUGUAAUAUUUUUUAAUAAAAGAAAUAGUUUUGCUUAUUUCAAAAACAUGGCCAUGUAUGGCAAUAGUAAAGACUUGUAACAUAAAAUAACUUUUGGAAGUGAGAAUGUGAACUGACUGCUGUUGGGGACAAGAGGGACUGUGGGAAGUGCUAGAUAUUUGUAGAUCAAUGUGACUUUAACUCUUAGGAGUUGCUUACUCUUUCCGGUGACCUUAAAUCACGGAGUUUCACUAAUUUUCUCUGAGAGAACAGUUGAUUAGGAAAUUUUGACUUUUUCAAUGCUGGAAGAACCUGUCGGGUGAAACAAGGCGGCUUCUCCUAGUAGCUGAAGGGUCAGUGUAUAUAGCUUAUGUAUUGUAUAGUAUUCAAAAUGAAACGCCAUGUGGUGCUGCAGCCAUCAGAAGGUUGUUUUUGCUAGAUAUCUGCACCAGGAGUAUCUUUCUCAGCUGACGUGUGCAUUACUUGGGAAAUUUAAUAUAUUUUUUAGCUUUGAAAGGACACAACCAGCAUACAGUUGCUACAAAUUGAUGGUGUUUUUUAUAUCAAUCGAGCCCACAGUUCAAUUUAGUGGCUGUGAUGAAAAAAUUAGAUUUUUGUCAAAAAAUAAAUAAAAUGAACAAUAUCUGCUGGACCAUGUUUUUCCUUAUUUUCAAGACUGUGUUCUGUAUUGUCGCAACCUCAAUCCAGCAUGAUUGUACAAAGCUCACUUAGAUUCAGCUUUCCAAGCAUUCUAUCAGUGCUGAAUGCACAAAUGAAAAUGUCAUCAUUUUUGGUAUAAUAAACAUCAAACUUUACA